UAAAUGUUGUAAUAAUUUUAUAAUAACAUGGAGUGGAACUGUUAUGUCAAUAUUUAACCUUUUAAUAAUACAUGUAGGUUACGUAAUUAAUGGCAGCCGCUUUCAGAAACACAAUCCAUAUCGAAGUACGAUCGAUUGCAAGAGCAGUGAGGCCGUCGGAAUGAAGAACAUUUUCAAAAAUAUAUUAUUCUUAAUAUCAGUUGCUGUUUCUGAGGCCAGCUUUAAUGAACAGUAUAGAGUUCCGUAUGCAGCGUCAGAUCGAUGGGAAACCUACAUAUUCAACGAUAAAGAAUAUUUAAUACAAAAUUUACCAGUGAACUGGGAGAACGCGAAGAUUCUAUGCCGUGGUCACCACAAUGGAACGUUAGCGGUGUUAGAUACGAGAGAAAAAGCUGAAUUUAUGGCUGAAGCAUUAUCCGAACUACAGUUUUCAAUAGAAUCUAUAUGGGUUGGAGCGAGACGUGAUUCAGCUGAAGACCCUGAAGGUUACCGGUGGAGUCAUGGCGUGGAGUUAAGGAGGACGGCUGGUGACGUACUACCGAAUGAAAAUGAUGAAAUUACAAAACACUAUCCAAUGUGGUUAAAUCGAACCCAUGUCCCAGUACCGGAGGGGGGAGCGGAUUGUGUUGCGGUUGAGAGGGUCCACCAUGACAAGCCUGUGUUCCUCGACUUACCUUGUCAUUUGGAGAGGCCAUUUGCUUGUGAAAGAGACGCUCGAAUCGAAGUGAAAGUGCAGAACUUGAAGAUGGUGAGGUGUCGUACCGGCCUCUACCACCUGUUUGACGGUCGGAUGGACUGGCACCAAGCGGCUGCGUACUGUCUCAUGAAGAAAAUGUCGUUGGCCAACAUCUCGACGAUGAAGUGUUUGAAAAAAUUGGGUUUAACGAUGCUGAAAUCAAGACCGAGUAUCGAAAGUGCAUGGGUAGGAGCCAAAGGUUCAUUGGGACAUUGGACUUGGACGGAUACUGGAUUAAGCAUAUUCAAUCCGGGACUGUUUAGCGACGCCCAACCUUGGCCGCCACUGAGGGACAGAUCAUCAAUAAAACAAAGCGGUUGUCUUCAAGUCGACAGACACGCGACACGGACUCCAGUGUUUUUAGAAGCGCGCUGCGAGAGAAAAACGCAGUUUAUAUGUUACGAAGGUUUACCGACAUUAAAAACAGCACUAGCGACACCUAGUGACGACAAUUAUUACUACAUUCUAGUAAGACAACUAUUUUAUUGGCAACAUGCCUUUGAAAAUUGUCAAAAGAUGAAUGGAUCCCUCGCAAGCAUUGAUAGUAACGAUAUUAUGAUACAAUUGCUACUAGCGAUGGGAGAAAAUAAGGAUGAACCUGUGGAACAUAUUUGGAUAUCCGGUCGCCUGAAUAUGACUAAAGACAUCGCUAUUGAUGCGAUAACGUAUUCGUGGUAUAAUCCCGCUAAUAACAAAAGGAUACUGGACCCCAAAAGUUUUGGUGAUUCUUCGAUAGGAUUGUAUAUGCCGCCGUGGCUGGAUGGAGAUUUCACCAUGGAUAGCUCCUGUUUGAAUCUUGAUAGACAAGACCACUUGAAUGGUUUAGUUUACGGAUUGCCUUGUGACACACCGCAGUAUUCAGUAUGUAUGAUAGAGAAAUCUUCAUCAAAAGUACAUCAAUCGAGUGAGAGUUAUAGCUCGGAAUCUCAAUAACACUAAUAUUUUAACACCA